AUGCUCUCCUCCAACAUGACCGAACAUCUUUCACAACCCACCCGGCAGCGAAGAUCACGUGCGAUUACUCCUCGGUCAAUUCCUGGAACGACGCAAUCGCUUGCGCAAUUCGAAGCUAGACUCUCCGUUAUCACAUCGGCCAGUGCUGCAAAAGAUCUCAUCAACACAAUGCGCGUCAUCGUGCAACAAGGAAACCGCCGAAGACACUUGGUCGAGCCACGCCGGCAAAAGAUCCGAGACUUGGUUAUUGGGAUGGAAAAUGCAGAGAUACAGAAGCUAUAUGAGGAAUUUACAAGAGCACACAACGAAAGAGAGAACAGAUCGACAUUCAGACUACCGCUCUUGGAUCGUGCACACGAGGACGGAGACGAUGCGGUGAACCAAGACACUGCCGAUACCAGGGAAAGGCCUGAAAUGGAAGCAGCCCACAGCCUAUCCCACGAGAUAAGAAACACCGGUUUGGAAGAUGGCGAGAUGGUGGAAGUAGCGGAGGAUACUUUGAACACUAUCGCACAAGCGUUGAGUUCUCCUGACACCAUUACAUCUCGCUUUGCCAUAAAAGGAACUUCGCCGCUCCCGGCGCCUUCGCCACUGUUGGAUUCAUCGUCCGCUCCCGAGCUAGCCUAUACAAUGUACGACCAAGAAGAUCAUGGUGCUUGCACAGUGGUCCCAAUUCAGAACCCUAGAAACUUCCCUUUGAGACGUGUACAGAAGGUCCAAGCCGACUAUUACCCCUCAAUACUCAUGGUUGCCAUGUGGGUACACCGCAACCAGUUCAAUGAAAUCACUCAGGUAACUGGCGACCUCGACAAGGGGCCGGUCAACCAUCUCAUCAUCCACGAUCCACGCAUUAUCAAAUCUCUCGGUCUCGAUGAGCCACCGUUCGACGUCAUAAACCUACAACCCUCAAGUCGUGUGCAUGAGACAUACAAUAUACGUAUCCUACCAGGCCAAAACCUUGAAGACCUUGAUUCCUGGGUUGUUGGAGAGCUCGUAUCCGCUCGGCACGCGUACUUGUAUUGGCUUGAUGGCAGACGGUGUUCGGAUCCAAAGGGGCCGCCUACUGCUGCUGAAGCAAGGGCUAUAGCUACAGAGACGGGCAGAAGGGCAUUGGACGUCAAGAUGGAAUUUGAUGCGUAUUGGAAAAUGGAAUGUGGGACUGGCGGUAAGAAAGUCAGAGAGAAGCGAGCAGUGUAUCUGGGUGAGGAUCCGGAAUAUCCUGAGGGUGCCGAGGUGAGACAUUUUGGAAAUCAGUGGUGGUAG